UCUGUUCUACACCGAUCAAUAUCAAAACAAGCAUACACUUUUGAAUACUAACCCAAAAUGAAUAUAAUCUCCGUCAUUUUAUUUUUCACCACAAUGGUCCUUGUCGUCAAUGGACAAUGCCGCAAUGCGCCAGCGCAACCCAAUUGUGGAGACCGACUAAACACUGGACAUGGUGGCCAUGGUUGCCACAGGGGUGCAAGAUGGUGGUACGACCGAUCCUCGAAUUCUUGCAAGGAAUUCUCAUAUCAUGGCUGUGGUGGCAAUCAGAAUCGUUGGUGCUCCAAGGCAGCCUGCGAAAAUCGUUGCAGACGUCAUUAAAAUGAAAUUGCAGCAUUUUGAAAUAAGGGUCAAAAUAAAUCCUCUAAUUUGAAUAAACGCUAAUCUAACUAAAA